AUGUCAGUUUUAUCAACACAGAGACUUCAGGGUAAGAAUGUAUUGGUAACAGGUGCAUCGAGUGGUAUAGGAGCUGCUACAUCACUACUUUACGCUAAAGCAGGCGCCAACGUCGUUCUUGCGGCUAGGAGAGCCGAAAAACUAGAGGAGAUAGUCAAACAAGCGAGAGAACUCAACCCUCGUGGAAACUACGAGGCUGUUAAUCUGGACAUCUCAAAAAGGGAAGAAAUUAAUCAAUUCUUCCAACGCACGUCAUUCAAGGCGUUUGACAUCCUUGUCAACAACGCUGGACUCGUUAAGGGCUUGGAAGAGGUUGGAAGUAUAAAUGAUGAUGAUGUCGAUACCAUGUUUGAUACAAAUGUUAUCGGUCUCAUAAAAUUGACACAAAUUUUCGUCAAUCAUUUCAAAGAGCGUAACGCAGGACACGUCGUUAAUUUGGGCAGUAUAGCAGGCUUAGAACCAUACCAGAGAGGUUCAAUCUAUUGCAGCACCAAACAUGCUGUCCGUUCAUUUACGAGCUCACUCAUGAAAGAACUCGUAGGCACACCUAUACGCGUUUCGGAAGUAGAGCCAGGCCUUGUUGAAACUGAAUUCUCUGUUGUUAGAUUCAGAGGCGAUAAGGAGCAAGCAGACAACGUUUACAAGGACUUAGACCCUCUUACACCAGAAGACAUAGCAGAGGAGAUCAUCUGGAUCACCAGCCGUCCACCACACGUACAGGUCGCCAAUACACUCGUCUUCCCAACCAACCAAGCCUCAGCAGGUAUCGUCGCCAGACCAGGCAAAUCAAACAACUAA